CUUUCCAAUGGCCCUUGUUGCCCCAAAAGUGCUUAAAGGUCUUUAUUUUUUCUGCGAGCCUCUAGCCGAAGGUUCCUUCGGUGUUCUUUACGUGGCACUUCAUGCAAUCACACGUCGCAAAGUGGCCAUCAAGAUAAUUGACAAACGCAAACUUGGGGCAGACGCAUUUCGCGUCCGAAGUGAGAUCGAAGCUCUGAAGCAACUCAACCACAAAUAUAUCUAUAAACUCUAUCAAGUCGUUGAAACGACCUACUUCUUUUAUCUUGUAGUUGAGUACCUUCCCGGUGGUGAACUCUUUGACUACAUCAUCCAGAAGGGUCAUUUGUCGGAAGUGGAGGCACGUGUUAUUUUUCGUCAGAUUGUCUCGGCUAUUGGAUAUAUGCAUAGCAAAGGAUUCGCCCAUCGUGAUUUGAAGCCGGAGAAUAUUUUACUCGAUAAUGACCAGAAUAUUCGCAUCAUAGACUUUGGUCUGUGUGCAAAGAACACUCUCAACACGAUGCUAAACACAUUUUGUGGAUCGUUUGCCUACGCCGCUCCGGAAGUACUAGCAAACCGAGAUUACUGUGGGAAUGCUGCGGAUCUUUGGUCACUCGGUGUCAUCCUUUAUGCACUUCUUUGCGGCUGUCUCCCUUUCGACCCUACAAAACCUGAGGAGCUCUCUCAAAAGAUUGGGAAGGGAGUCUACACCACCCCCGGCAAUCUUAGCAAAUCAAGCCGGAAUUUGUUGUCUCAGCUGAUGUGUGUUAAUCCAAAAAAGCGCAUAAAAAUGGAAGAACUUUGCCGACAUCCCUGGAUUGUUGAGGGAUUCAUGGGUCAUCCCGUGGAACUGGACAACGAGAGAACAGUGAUGAACCCGCUUAACAUGCGCAUCGUGGCUGAAAUCAGCGAGUACACCCGAAUUCCCAAAGUCGAAAUGGCUAGAUUAUUGCAGCGGCGAGCGUACGAUUAUCUCAUGGCAACCUAUAUGAUUAUGGAAGCAUCUUUAGAAGAAGACGAUGUUUUCAUCCAUCUCACAGCACGUCGCCCGAACGAAGAAGAUGCGGUUUCUCACACCCGUAGCUCUCGACCAACAAGUUCCAAAACCGUCCCAGGUCCAUUGUUCCCCCGCGUUGCACUGUGCAACCAGUCACACUCUUCAGACCCUGGUGUUACUGCGUCUUGGACACGCCAACCACUUGGAACGCACGCCUUGUCAAACGGACAGAAUUUCACCAUGAAUGGAUACACUGACGCAAAAGAAUUGGACCGUGCACAUUCGCAGCGUCCCGAGUCACCGGCUCCGUCUGCUGAAGGGGAUGAGAAUGUUCCACCACCAGACACUCCAUCAAACAACUUGAGCCACGUUGAAUGGCAAACCCCAGCUGUCGCUAAAACACCUGCACGAACGAAUCCUCCAGAUCAACUCACAUUGUCUCCUAGCCGUUCAAUCGAUUCCCAACUUGCCCAGUUGACCCAAAGUCUUCAUGUAACUCACCUUUCAGACGUUCCAUUCAUCCCGCGUAUGAAAUGCCCGAACCCAAAUUCGGAUAGCUCAAUGCCAGCUUCUCUGAGUGGUGCAUAUUUGACUAACCUAUCGAGCUCGUCGAGUGCUUCUUCUAGUCAUCCCCGGGAUUCCGUUUCAACCCCCGCAAACCUAACAAACAAUGAUCUCUCUCGAUCCCGUUGCUCAGCUGAGGAGCAGAGUACCAGUGUAUCCAGUGGAUCAAGUUGGCGUCAGUUUAACAAACUUCGUGACGUACUGACGCCCAAAAAACCCGCAGCUUUGCCAGAUGGACGGUUACUUGCUGAUCGCCUACGCAAAACACGUCACCUCAACAAUGUGUUCCUGGUUAGGCGAGAUUUGUCUGCCGGACAAGUUUUCGAUCAGAUCGCCUCUGCAUUACGUCAACAAUCCAUCCGCUUUACUCUGAAAGGGACCGGCUUCCUCUGUGUAUUCGUCAAUGAUUGGGGGAAAACUGUGCUCUCGUUUGAAAUCGAGCUUGUUUAUGUCUCUACCCGUGCCGCUGUUGAUUCAACCAGCUUGACCUCGGUAAAGAGGCGAAUGACCUUGAAGCCACGCCCGACUGUACAGGCUCAGACGCCUGCCGCUCCACCUGUCCUCAACUCUCCGGCCCGACUUACUCUGGUCGCCCAGAGACCUGUCAAGCAGCCAUCUACUGAAUCGGCUUCGAAGAACGAAUCAGCGGAAGGUACUUCACAGGAUGACACGAAACCGGUCAGUGGGAUGCGGUGUGCUGCGGGUGACAAACAGUUGGGCAUCAAAACGAAACGUCUCCGGGGCGAUUCUUUUAUGUACACGAGCUUGUGCCGGACCAUUCUAGAUACGGCUAACCUUCGCGCGGAAUGACGUGUUCCUAUCACUAGAUUUUACUUCGUAUCCCUAUUUUUCCACAACAAUUACCUUGCGAUUCGAUGCAUAGAUUUAUCUUAUUUAUGCCACUUUGAUAAGAGCUGUUGGACUUAUUCAAAAUUAUAGGGAGGAAGCACCACAAACCGGUCCUUUGUGCCCGUUCCUUGGCCUUUACAAAUCACGUUUCAAACAUUCAUGUCUGUCGUCAUCAUCAUCAUUGCCAGUUGCGUCAAAAUCCAUGUGACAGCAGAGUUACUUAAGGUUAACUAGUUUAGAUAAAAU